AUGGAGGUGGAUCAGCAGGGCCAGAGAUCUUCGUCCGGUGGUCUGCCGCUCAGCUUCUACAUCCGCAGCGCGAGAUUGUGCCUGAAAAAGGCGACGCUAGCUCGGCUCCAGCCAAAUUCUCCCGAGAGCAGCGGUGGCAGCGAGGAGGAGCUCCAGCAUUUGAGAAGGUUUGAAGCUCUGGUAGCGUGCGCUUUGCCGGCACACAAGGAGUAUUGCGAGAGACGUGGUGACAAGGCGGUGAGAGAGCUCCAUGUUGGAUUGGUAGAGGCACGGCGAAGAAUCCAGGAGCUCUUGGAGGGCGGUGGAGAGAAAUCUGGGAAGUCACAGUCACAGUCACAGUCACAGAAGAAGAAGGCUGUAUCAUCGUCAACAUCGCCGACGAAGAAAGCAGCGUCUCCAAAGCGAGCGGCUUCUCCGACCAAGAAGGCUGGAUCUCCGAAAAAGCUCGCUGGUUCUUCUCCGAAGAAAUCCGGGCCUGGCUCUCCGAGAAAGUCGUCGUCCUCGUGGAGAGCUCCGAGCCGGCCCAAGGCAGCAACCACGGUGGAGAAGAAACUCUCGCGGCCAGUUAAGUCGCCUCGAGCGACAUCACUGCUCAAGCCUCAGCAGCAAGCUUCGAAGAAAACCAACGCUGCGAAGCGGGCAGAGUCGCCGGGGAAGAGGAGGCCUGGCUCUCCAAAGAAGAAGACUGAUCACUCGCCACCAUCGCCACCAUCGCCACCAGGUGAAAAUGGUGGUAAGCUAGAGUCCGAGGAGACUGAGGCCACCGUGGAUGUUUCGAAACUCAGGAAGAGGCCCAAGGGAACGGCCUUGAAGGAUUGGGAGGCGAAGCUACACGAUGUCUACACGUUUGCUGACGAGAAGCCGCCGGUUUACUACUUGCCGAAGAAACUACCGAGUGCUCUUCAGAAAAAUCGAAGAACGGUUGAGAGCAGUGAGUCUGGGACUGCUCCUCCUGCGAGGCUUCCAGCUUCUGGAGUCCGGGACUCGACGCGUUCUUUGCCGACAGGAAAGUCGGAUAAACUCUUCAGUGAUGCCGCGGAUCAGAGGAAAGAAAGAUCCGGCCUGUUUGACCUCCGAAAGAGUUAUGACGAUAUUGGCAGCGCACGCCGUGAUCGUCACAAGCUCUUAGAUGAUACUGACGAGUACUACAGAAGCAGGACAGAGGAGUCCGAGCCAGUCUUGCAAAGAAGCCGCAGGAACUCGGGGUUGAAAAGAGGUUUUUUGGACAGAGGAUCAGGGAAUACAAGAGAAGAUAGAGUCUGGGACAACUUCGUGUAUCAGAAAAGCCAGAAGCUGGACGAUCGAGCUCCUCCAGGGAAGGUUUCCGAUGAUAAGUCACUCUCGUUGUCGUACGAUGGUGCUGACACUUCAGAGAGUCGCAGUGUUCUUUACGAUGAGAGCAAGAAUGGGAACGUCAAGAUUGUUAGAGAUCUCCGAGGCUCGCUGGAUGGUUUUAGAAUACGUCUCGAGGAAGAAGGGAAAAGAUGGCGGGGACGAGUUAAUGCGUUGGAGAAAGAGAUAGAGUUUUUGAGGGAUGAGACCGAAGGCGAUCUUGUGGUUCUUCGGCGGAACGUACAGGAGGAAGCCAAGAAGCGCGAGAAUUUCUCGCACAAGCUGGUGAAUUCGGUGGAUGCCCUUGAGGAGAGUAUAGUGAAGGACAUGGAUGGGCUAAGAGUGGAGAUUUCGAAGAAAGGUGACAGGCACUGGAUGGAAAAUGUGAUCAAGGAGACAGUGGAGAAGUGUCUCUCUGACAGGACGGAGACGAAAGAGAAGCCUUUGAAAGACGAGCUCCGUCUUCUAAAGGCGGAGGUGGAGCUACUUUCGAAAGGAAGGGUGGAGCUCGAGAGUCACUUUGAGCAGAUCGCUCAAAUCGUGGAGAACGACAGGGAAACCAUGAGCACGGAGCAGAUAAACAUCAGGACCGAGAAUGGCUACUUGAGGAAACAGCUCCAGAGCAUGAAGAAGGAGGGACUUCAGGCAAGAGUGGAGGCGGACGAGUUUCGAAAAGGAUGUGAGUCGGACAUGGACGAGCUAAAGCACGUCCUCGGCAAGCUCAAGGACGAAGCCAUGCAGAUGAAGAUCGACUUCCAAGGCUUGAAAGGCCUGGAGGAGACGUUCAAAGUCGACAGGGGGAGCAUGAGAAGAUCGGCUGACAGGAUCCGGGACGAGGCCUCGCAGGAGAAGAUGCUGAUCAUGGACCGAGUCGAGAAUCUGUCCAAGCUCUACCUCGGCGGCCUGGACGAGGUGAGAAUGGACGUGUUGAAUGUCAAGAUCAAGUGCCAGGACAAGGUGGAGGAACUGGAGGACCAGCUGAGGGAAUUCAGGCAGAGGCAGGAGAGCGUUCCGUGCUCUCGAUCUUCUUCCAGAGGAGCCGCGAGUCUCGAGGAGGUUGAGUCAAGGAUGGCUCACUUGGAGAGCAAACAGGAGCUCAUGCAUAUGGCCGGGCUGGAGGAGUCGAGGAUGGCGCUGUUCAACCUCGACAUGAAGUGCCAGGACAAGAUCGAGGCGAUCGAGCAUCAGCUGAAAGAAGUGAGGCGACGCUCGAUAGAUUCUCCCGCCGCAAGCCGGAACACUUCCAGGGACAUCAUGAUCGACGACUUGGAGUCGAGGCUAUCGAGCAUGGAAAGGAAGCAGGACACGCACAGAUAUAUGCUCGAGGACGCGGUGGCGAUCGCCGAGAAGGAGAAACGUUUAGCAUCGGCUGCAGCGUCGGACGCAGCAGCAGCAGCGAUCAAGGCCGAGGAAGCUCUCUCGGAAGUUUUGAAGCACUCCGACGAUUCACUCACGAGCAGCAGAUACAGGCGGACUGGGAGACUCCAGGAGAGCCUGGCGAUGGAGAGGGACUCGUUCUCGGUGGCGGCGUGCGAGCUCAAGAGAACAAGCAUCGACAUGACGAGAGAGACCGAGUCGGCGGUUGCGGCAGCCGCAGAGGCCAAACGAAGAGCCGAGGAGCUCCAGGAGCGGCUCAGGGACGCCGUGUGUGAAGUUGAUAGGCAGAGGAGCAUGGCUGCCGAGUUUGCUGCCAAGGCGUCGUCGGUUUCGUCCGAGGCUCGCGACUUGCUAGACGAGAUGGCGGGCAUGAGGAAAACUCUGGCCGAGAACACCAGCAGCGAUCAUAUGGACAGCGACCGGACGCACGAAACCGCGAAGCUCUUGACGGACUUGGAGAAGAGGAUGGACGCGCUGGAGCAGUCGAGUAGAAGCAAGAGCGCCGCGCCUGUGGAGAAGGAAAAGGUGGCGAAGUCGCAAGUGAAAGGAAAGCUCUCGAGCACGACCAAGAGAAGGGUGGAGAACGAAGAACUCCGGCUGGAUACGAGAGUCACAAGCUUGGAAAGCCAUCUAGAACACGUAGCCUCUGCGACGUACGCAAACAUCAGGUACGAGAAAGAACAAUCUUCUCUAUUUCUUUGCAAGAAUCUCACAAGCUCUUCGAACAGGAUGCUCGACACGAAAGUGGAGCACGUAAGCGUCAGCGCUCAGUCGGCGCUGGAGGGCGCCUCGGUCGCGGAGAGGAAAUGCGGAGCGCUCGGGGCGGAGCUCGUCAAAGUGUUCCGGGUGCUAGCGUCGUUCAAGAAGGACAACUCCGAGAGGCAAUCCAGUAUCACCAAGUCCAAGGAAUCCAGCAGCCCCGUGCGUCGUCCACAUUUUGCGUGCGACUCGUGCAAGCGAGCAGCGUCCACCAUCCUCCACGGCUCGCUCGAGUUCCUGCCAUCCUCCGAAGUGGUCAAGGCGAGAGAAGUGAAGAAGACGAACCUGAGGCUGUCGACGUCGGAUUCCAAGUCUUUGGAGAUGGCCGUGAGGGAAGAAGCCGACGAGUGCCUGGUCCACGGGAGGAAGAUCCAAGAGAGGAUAGCAAAGGUGGAGGAGAGUAUACAAAACUGUGGAUCGACGAGGAGGAGCUGGGGGACGAGCGUUGCGACGCUUCUGGCCGAGGAAGAUGGAAGCAAAGGAUUGGAAGACAUGAACUCGUGGGGUAUAAGCUCGCGGGGGAUUUGCGUGAAGCAGGAGCCGGAACUUUGCUAG